AUGGUGUCCACCAAGGCCGCGGCUGCCCUGCUGGUGGUGCACGCAGCCGCCAUGCUGGCCGCCCAGACGGAAGCCUUCGUUCCCAUCUUCACGUACAGCGAGCUUCGGAGGAUGCAGGAAAGGGAGCAGAGCAAAGGGCAAAAGAAAUCCUUGAGCGUACAGCAGAGGUCAGAGGACGCAGGUCCCCUAGAGCCCCAAGAGGUCACGGAGGAGGAAGAAAACAGGGUGAUGAAGCUGACUGCUCCUGUGGAAAUCGGCAUGGGGCUGCGCGCCAGGCAGCUGGAAAAGGACCAGGCCGUCCUGGCAGCACUGCUGAGUGAGCUGCUGCCGCCGGCCCAGCCUGCCCGGUGACAGCUGCUCCAGCGAGGACCGAGGGGGCGCCCGCCCUCCUGAGUGCGGCCGGCCAGGCGGACAGACAGCCGCAGCGCUCGAGAGGAGGGCUCUCUCCAAGGCAGAUUCCUCUCCAGCAAAUAAAGCAUGAAGUUCACAGA